GAAGAUUUGAGAAUGAGUCUGUCUCUCUCUCUCUCUCUCACACACACACACACAUAUAUAUAUACACAAACACACAUAUUCAUGCCAUCCUCCUCACAUUAACAAUUCAAUUUCUAUAGGAACCCCUCUCUCGAUCAUCUCUUCAAUUACAAAACUCAGUCACACACACACACACACACACACACACACAUAAAUAUAUCCAUUCACAAGAUGAAGCUCUUUGUACUUCUCUUAGUCACCAUCCUUCUCCUAGAGGGUUUUGCAGAAGCUUUAACAUCUAGUAAUGCAGCAGAUUCUCUUACUACUGCAGAUGAAGGAAGUGAAAGAGUAGUUCUUCACAAAAAAUAUCAUCCGAAGAAAAUCAGUUGCAGCUAUGCAUGCGCAAGGAGGUGCAGGAAGGCAUCAAGAAAGAAUGUGUGCGGCCGAGCAUGCAAAACUUGUUGCACGAGAUGCCACUGCGUCCCACCGGGCACCUAUGGGAACAAGAAUGCUUGCCCAUGCUAUGCUAGCCUCAAGACCCAUGGACAUAAGCCCAAGUGUCCUUAAUUUCUUUUCUUUUUAUUCAUCUUCUAAAAUUAUAUCUAUCUUAAUUAUGCUAAUUAUGUAGUAAACCAAUAAUAAUUUGCUCAUCUAUGUUGAGCUUCAUUUAAGCUUCCAAAUUCAUUGUUUUUGUCACCA